UCACUCCUCUUUGCACCCGACCGCAGAGGCUGAGACUCUGGGUURAACUGGACACCAAAGGUCCAACCAUCAGGCCAAGAUGGGGGUGAAGGAAAUGUUUAAUUUGGCCUGGGUGCCAUCCAUUCUCCUGCUCGCCUUGAUUUAUGUGGUCUACGUGUUGAUUGGUGGGGUGAUUUUCUGGAAGCUGGAAGGAGACCUCGGCGGGAAGGAUGUCAGUGGGUUACUGAAACGUAAAGAAGCUAUUUUUACGAAGUACACCUGUCUGAAUCAAGACGGUCUGGUGGCUGUGGCCCAGGUUGUUCAAGAUGUUUCAAAGGCAGGUUUAAGUCUGAAAGACAACCGCACCACAGACGGCUUCUGGAAAUUUACCAGCUCUGCUGUGUUUGCUGCAACAGUGGUCACAACUAUAGGUUAUGGAAACAUGAGUCCCACUACGACAGUUGGUCAGAUCUUCUGUGUGUUCUUCGCACUCUUCGGUAUACCUCUGAAUGUGGUGGUGCUCAACAGAGUGGGAAAGUACAUGCUGGCAYUGGAGAGGAACAUCUCAGACUUUAUUGAAGGCAAAACUAAACGAAAGACGUGCACGCGUUUUUUCGUCCACUCCAUCAGUUACAUUUGUGGAGCAGUCCUUUUCUUCAUUGUGCCCAUGAUUGUGUUCCAGCAGCAGGAAGGCUGGACCUACUCCCAGGCCAUCUACUACUGCUUCAUCACCCUCAGCACCAUCGGUUUUGGAGAUUUUGUAGCUGUUUGUCUUUCAGAUAACAAUCCAGAUUAUAAUUACCCAGACUGGUACAGCGUCCUCAUGGCAACCUGGAUCUUCUUUGGUCUGGCUUGGCUUGCUCUGGUUAUUAACCACUCUAUCGACAUCCUGGAGCGGGUCAACGUCUACUUCAAACAGCUGUGCUGCGGCCAGAAAUCUGAAGGAGUGUCGGGCAAAGGAGAAGAUAACACUGAAACAAAACUGGAAGAAGUAGAAGAAGAAAUCAAGACGCCUCCAAAACCUCAUUAAUGUCUUAAUCAUUAACUGUAAGAUAAGAAUUUAAUGGCAGGCUGUAAGUAGAUUUGUACCAUCAGGCUGUGAAUGCUGGGAGUAUGAACUAUAAUUUGUUUAAUAUUCUGUGACUGGGCAAAGUUUGGCUCUUUUAAUGUAUUUUACUUUUAUUUUAUUUUUCCAGAGGAAGGGCUGUUUAGAGGCAUUCAUAAAACAAAACUCAAAGAGCACAUUUUAUUACAUUUAACUAAGGUUGUAGUUCCUGUUUCCACACAAGGUAAAGCCUGGUUAUUUAAAUAAAACUUGAGCAAAUCA